ACUCCAGCUGUUGUGUGUUCUGUUCUAACGAUUGGUGUACAAAUAGCUGAAAACUGAAGGAAACGCGUGAGUGUACGUUAUCAUUGAAAACAUAACACAUCGAAAGGGUCUGCUCGCGAGAAGCGCUAACUUUGCUUACCGAUGAAGAGUGAAGGCAUUCAAAGGUACCGGAUUCCGUAGACAGUAUGGCGACACGAUCGGAAUUUCGGUGCUCGAUUCUAUCACGGUGACGGUAUGCUGGUUAGUGAGAUAGUUCUCGAGAAUUUGUGUUUCCAUGAAUACCGACUGGGAGUGACAGUCACUGUGGCGUAAUGCAUCGAGCGAUGCGUUUGUGGAACAAAAUCCGCAGUACAGUAACACUAACAGACGACCACAGUCCUUUUGCUUCAUUGUGAGUUCAAAAGGAUGAAUACCACGGAGGACGAAUGUACAGGCUUUUAUAAUGAGAAUAGGGUAAAUAAAUCCCUAUUGUCAGUAAUUAAUCGUGUUGCAGUAGAUAUUCUUAUCGCUGAAUUCCCGGAGAACGGCUAUUAAACAUUCAAGACAUGCAUACGGAAUCAUUAAUCAUGUCCAGCGGGUAAAUAGUAUUUCGUCUUUUUGGUAACUCUCAUUUGGUAACUCUAAUGUAGAUUACAAAGUGAUAGCUAUUAAGUAUCCUUGGUGAUAUCUUGGUGAUCUUGCCUCUAGAUGGUUCAGAUAAGAAUUUUUGUACUCAGAAUUGCCGUUCGCUCAGUUUUAGGUUUUGUGCUGUCUACAUUCAACACGAAGAAAAGUUUUCUUUGUUCUUCAUAACAAAUCUUCAACUUGCUGGUUUUUGAUGCUAUUCUGUUCUCGACAGGUUCCUCACUUUUAAGACCAAUGUUCGGCAAAGGGUUCCGGUUUGGUUUGGACUCGUGAAACUCGUUCCGAGAGAGCACAACCCAAGAAUCGUAAACAUACGACCGUGAACAUCAGAGCCUACAAUCGAUAUUGAACGUACGGCUAUGAACCGUCGCUAGGGGGUGUUUGGAAAAUCCAUACCUCUUCAACUCGUUCGGAACAGGGUGACGUCACACAGAAUAAUUAAAAAAAAGUCGAAUACCACAGAGGAAGCCGAUCCGGUUGAGCACCUACCUCCGUUCGCGGGGUUUGUUGCGUUUCGACCAGACAUUGGAGGAAGUAGACAGAGAGUAGAAGAAUGUUGUUCAUCUUGAAAUUGGAUCCUCUUUCUUCCUCGAUCGUAUGUGUCACCCGGACGAGCGAGAGAGAUUGUAUGCGGCGGACCGAUUGGUGCGCAAUCAUUCGGCGAUAAUCCGCUGCGUUCUUGAAGGUUAUGGGUUGCGUGAACGUUGUCCUCGGUUUCGCUCUUCGAAGCCGGUGUUAGUUGUAGCGUCGUCGUCGAGCUGCGUACAGCUUAGAACUGAAUCCGAGCAUUUGUGCAACAGGAAAGAUGUUGACGAUUCUUUGGAAGGUGCUAUUGGUGGUAGUUGUGUUCGGUGGUGAGACGGUCACUGCUGGCGAUCGAUCAUGCCAGACACGUUCGGACAAACCGCAGGAAGGACGGUGCGUUUCGGUGGCCAAAUGUCCGGCAAUCAAACAACACCUGCUACGGCUGCAAUUCCGUCCCGCCGAUCGGUUUGAAGCUUUUUUGAGUGAGCGUGCCUGCGGCUAUGGAAAGGAUGGCACUUUGCAUGUGUGCUGUACGGGGAAGAUAGCAUCCGAGCAUCGGAUAGAGUUGGUCCCGAAUGAUUCUCACGAGUGUCCCGAUGAGUGUACCCCGAUUGAGGAUUGUCCGGCCGUUUUUGGGCGGAGCAUGGUACUGCAGAAGCGGUACGAUCGUCGCCUACACAAAUUGUUGCGGGAUAACUUCUGCUACGAACAGUCGGGACAGUUGUUUGUGUGCUGUGACACGGAACGUUACCCUAACUCCAUCACUGCCGGUACGCGGCAGCUGGCAAAGCGCGUAAGCUGGCAACCUUGUGUGACGCCAUUUGGUGAUGAUGGAAAAUGUGUACCACCGGCCCGCUGUGCCAUGGUUGAUAACCCGGAUACGAUCGCCUCAGAGCUGGAAGCGUUCACGAUCGGUUGCGAUCCAGUGGGCAAUCAGUCGCAGCUAUGCUGCACCGAAUCGCUGCUCAUCUUCGACCAGGAAGCGGGUAAAGAGUGCGAAACACAGGAUGGAUUAGAGGGCAUGUGCACGGAAUCGGAGCGCUGUUUAGAUUUCAUCGAGUGCGAUGAACAGGACGUGUACGUACGGCAGAAUUGGUGCUACACGAACCUGCAGCAGGUGGACUAUUUGUGCUGUGGUCUCACUCGCAUCAAGCAGCCCCCGCAGGUUGAGUUUGGAGAACGAGCAGGAGAGGACCUACCGCCGUGCACCACGGUCAUCAAUCGGGCCGGGUAUUGUGUUCCGCUCGCUCAAUGUGGACCAGUAGCAAGGCUAUUACGUCUGAUAUCUACCCGCGGGACAUCUGCAACACCGGACGAGGCACGUUUUUUGAGGGCAUCGAUUUGUACUGCACCGGAAGGGGCUACCGGAUAUCAUGUCUGUUGUGAUGUUACAGCCGUUCAAACUACGACCACAGCUGCACCGAUCACUACGGCACCGACAACUGUCGCACCAGCCACAGCGAGUCUGGUCAACCAUCCUAAUACGAGGUUCUUCGAUCGUGCCAACUGUGGUCUUCCGGCUACUAACAACAAGAUCGCCUUUGGUCAGCAGGCCCGUCUGUUUCAGUAUCCGUGGAUGGCAAUGAUCGUGUAUAUGUCCAGCACGUCCGGGACGGAAAGUUCGGAAUGUGCUGGUACGAUCAUCAACGUUCGCUACAUUCUAACGGCAGCACACUGUAUCGAUGGCCAGAUGGAGCGAAUGCGAUAUGUAAGAAUCGGAGAGUUCGAUACUCGUACAGAUCCAGAUUGUGAGGAGGACACGUGUGCCGCACCGAUCCAACGGUACGGGGUGGAAGAUGCUGUCUACCAUCCGAACUUUACACGCAUUGUUCGUUCCGGGCAUGACGUUGGUCUGCUGCGGUUAAACCGAUCGAUCGACUUUAGUUCUGGUGACGUCUCACCAGUAUGCCUUCCGUUUACCAGCAGCUUGAUGGGGUUCGAUCCUACGCUGUACUGGAUUACCGGCUGGGGAUUGACCGAACGGCUGGAAGUUAGUCCGGUUCUGUUGCAGGCGCGCAUACCACCGGUAUCCUGCAGCCUGAGCAGUUAUGCAAUUUGUGCCGGAUUUGGCAAUGCCACACUACACUGCGAGGGUGAUUCGGGUGGUCCAAUGAAGGCGCAAGUACCUGAGUAUAACUUCCGGUUUGUGCAGUACGGUGUGAUUUCGGCAGGGCCACGAUGUGGUACGCAAGGUGUGCCAGGGAUAAGCUCGAGAGUUUCAUUCUUUAUGCAAUGGAUUUUGGAUAAUAUAAAAGCUUAAACUGAGUAUGUAGCGUAUCGGCUUUCCAUAUCUUUAUAAUUCGUCUUAAAAUUUUAAGGUUUUGUUCUGUAAAAGGAAUUGUUUCUAUUCAAAGGAUUAUCCAUGAGGAACUACAACUUUUUAACAAAUAUCUGGUUGUUUGAAAUCAUAGAAGAACCAACGGAUAAUUUUGAAUUAUGACCGAAGAAGACUCAUAAAUUUGAAUGCAUAUUCUGUGCAAGGUUUUUUUCGUUAGAAGAAAUUGAGCAUCGCGGCAAAAUAAUAAUUCAAGGCAGUAGUGCAUAAGUACCAGGUGAGAAAGGAUAUGUGAGACUCAUACUACAAGAAUAGUCAGAAACAAUAAAAAUACACAUUGUAAGAAAAACAGAAAAAAACAAUUGUUAUACAUGUAGAAAUCAACACUGGUAAAUUAUGAAUUGGAGAACAAAAACCAAUUCUCGUAACUCUUUAGGACCACACAAGAAAAAGAAAUAGAUAAAGGCCAUAGCAGGAUGAUAGACAGGACAUUUUUUUGUUUAAGAGUUAGUUGUUGGGUCAGGCAAUACCGACUUUAUCGUUUAUUUUUUGGCAAUCCUUUGCCGCUGCCCUGGUUAGGUCCAAAGGUUAUAAAUUUUUAUUUUAUAAUCAAUUAUUACGGCAUUUAGCCGUAUGGUCUAAGUUUAUUAAAUUUUUCAUGGUGUAGUUAUUAAAAUUCACUACAAAAUAGUGUCAAAUUUUCG